UAGAAGUGAGGUGGUGAUCGCUCUUUACGCACUCAACCUUCUCAGUCAUAAAAGGCUACGACUAUGAGAGCUUCUCUCAUACGAACCGGUUCGGUUCCGGUCCUGAAUCCGGUCCUUCCCGGUUCACCACGCGUCUCCCUCACGCGCCAAGCCUCCUUCGCCGGCGACAGGAACCACGUUCAAUCGCCUAGGCUUUCAAUGCAUUUCCACUCCAACCACCGCAAGGACACGCCGCCGAACGGGAUAAACAGAGCGUCAACGGGAGGCGCGAUGAUUCGGUCCGCGAGCGAGGAUUUCGGCGUUCGCCAGAAUCCGAAUCGAAGCCAAUCCCGCUCUUUUCCGCGGAUCAUACCCGACGAAGAGGAAUUCCUUUCCGACGGCGAAGGUAGAACCGCUCUACGCAAGCCACUCCACGUCAGAGUCCAGCCGGAGAGCCGAAUUCCGGUGGAAGAACUAGGAUUCGGGAACGGAUCCAGCGAAGGCGGCGAUCACGGCACCGCAACCGUAACCGGCGGGAACGGCGGUGAGAGGAUUAAAAUCGGCGCGUACUACGCGGAAAUGUUGAAGUCAAACCCGACGGACUCGCUUCUGCUGAGAAAUUACGCCAAAUUUCUUCACGAGGUGGAAAAAGACACGGCGAAAGCAGAGGAAUAUUACGGAAGAGCAAUUCUAGCAAAUCCAAGCGAUGGCGAGCUUCUUUCGCUGUACGGGAAAUUGAUAUGGGAAACGGAGAGAGACGGAAAGAGAGCCAAAUCUUAUUUCGAUCAAGCAAUUCAUGUUGCUCCUGAUGAUUGUACGGUACUGGGAUCCUAUGCCCAUUUCACGUGGGAAGCGGAGGAGGAGGAAGAAGAAGAAGAAGAAGAAGAAGCUGAUGACGGAGAAAUGAAGAUGAAUACGGCGACGGGGAUGAUCGCUGCUUUUUAAUAGAAAUGUAGUUCAUGGGGUUUGUGAAGGCCACCUGUGUGUUUAUAGUUCUAACUGGCAUUGAAUGUGAAGGUUACACUACACGAUAACAAUAAAUGGUCUCUUCUCUUUUGUUUGAUGUGUCUAACUGUGAGCUCCUAAAAGAGGCCCUACCUUAGAAGAUGAGAGAAUGAAAGCGAAACCUUUGUGUCUUUUACUUUCCUUCUUGUUCCUUCAACUUGCUGUACCAUGUAACUUUCUUUGUACAUGUAACUCUUUGCAGUAUUUAGUUAAGGAUACGAAGUUGUAACAUUUUGUUAAAUAAUGCACUGCCAAUUUUCGUUACGCUGCUAUU